UGUUUAUAGUGUUUUUUAACAUUCAAAACGGAUUCUGAAAAGUGAAAACAGUAUAAAACCCCAACAAAAUGUCAAAAUCUAUGCACAUUUUCAACUUCCAAGUUCCCGAUUUCAGUUGAAGAAGAGAGAUUCGAGCUGCCAUUGCAACGCUAGUUUUAGCAUGUUUAAGCCUGCUCACUUGAUCGGCAGUUUUACCAGAUUGUUGACGGAUUAUAUUAAAAAUGGUGGCUUUUACAUUAUCUCAGAACUCUUCAGUUCAACUAAGAUCCUCAUUGGUGCCUCAGAAAACCCAAUAUCUCAACCUGGCCCCACAGUUCCGUCCCGUAAAUGAUGUUAACUUACGUGGUAUGCAAUCAAAGGAAAUAAAAGUUUUUCCAAGAACACCCCAAGCCGUUUCCGAGAACAAAUCUUCAAACUCACGUGGUGUCUCGGCCAAAAAUUCCAAUCCCGUAAUUGUCAUUGACAAUUAUGACAGCUUCACGUAUAACCUUUGUCAGUAUAUGGGAGAGCUGGGCUGCAACUUUGAGGUUUACCGGAACGAUGAGCUUACCGUUGAUGAACUGAAAAAAAAAAAUCCAAGGGGAAUUCUCAUAUCACCUGGACCUGGUGCACCGCAAGAUUCGGGGAUAUCGUUACAAACAGUACUGGAACUUGGACCUGAUGUACCUUUAUUUGGUGUAUGCAUGGGAUUACAGUGCAUUGGUGAAGCUUUCGGAGGAAAAAUUGUGCGGUCGCCUUAUGGUGUUAUGCAUGGAAAAAGUUCACUGGUUUACUACAAUGAGGGCAAGUUCCCCUCUUUGUUUGCUGGCAUAUCGAACCCCUUCACUGUCGGUAGAUAUCACAGCCUUGUGAUUGAAAAAGAAAGCUUUCCUAGCGACGCACUUGAAAUCACAGCAUGGACCGAGGAUGGACUCAUCAUGGCCGCUCGUCACAAACUGUAUCCCCAUUUGCAGGGUGUGCAGUUCCAUCCGGAGAGCAUUAUAACAACCGAAGGAAAAACAAUCGUUGCAAACUUCAUCAAACUGAUCGAAAACAAAGAAGCUGUUUCCGAAAACUAAAACCGAAUCAAACAAACAAACAUUUCAAUCUGUAAUCAUCAUACAUUGUUUCAUGAAUCAUGAUAUCAAGUUACAUCAUGGGUUAUUUGAAGUUUUAAA